UGGAAGUCAAAGCUCAACUUCUAGGUGUUUACUCAGUUUUCUUAGUCAUCCCUUGCAUUUUCUCAACAGUUUUUCAUGAAUAUGAUUAUGAAAAAGAGAAGCUUUUCUAAAUCCAUGUCAGAGCUAGUAGCUCUGGUUGAUGAGGUUGCUUCAUUUGCUAUGAAUCCUGAAGUUGAGAUAGAUGCUUUUACUGAGUUUGCCAUGUUGGUUGAGAAAUUGGCACCAAUUUUCAGUGAUUUGAGUGACAAAAUCACAGUUAUAGAAAACAAGCCAUCCAUAAGAAAAUCUUUGGAAUCGAUCGAAACUUCGCUUAGCCGUGCUAAAGCUUUGAAAAAAAGUUCUAGCUUGAAAGACCCUAGCAAACAUAUUGAGGACACAACACAUGAUAUUGGUCGAUCACUAGGCCUAUUGCUCCUUGAAUUGUCCACAGAUUUUAGAGAAAAGGUUGGUACAUUGCAAAAACAGUUUACGAAUGCAAGAUUUGGUGGGAACAUGAGCCUACCUUCAAGUCCAGUAUCAUUAGAGUUUGCAAAUGAUGUGUAUGGUGGAGGGAAAAUAGAAGAGAAAAUAGUCAAUAUUACUAUAGAAGAUGUUGUAUUGCAACUUAAGAAUGGUAAUGAUGAAGAAUUUGCAGUUGCUCUUUGGAGACUAAAGGAGUUCAUCAGGGAUGAGUGA